AUUUCAACUACUUGUAAUUUGUUUCCUUAUUUCUUUGAGCCGUAGACUUCUAAUACAUCUAGAGAUGUCAUAUAGUUGAUUAGAAAGUUGAGUUCAGUGGGUGCAGACCUGCAAGAUCAUAUUCUUCCUCCUGUACAUGAUGUAUCGGACAGUAGGAUUUGACACCCAAAGAAGGUAUCUGAAGCCAUGGAUGAUUGCCGUUCUCAUUGUGUUGUCCCUGACAGUGGUGGCAGUGACCAUAGGUCUCCUGGUUCACUUCCUAGUAUUUGACCAAAAAAUGGAGUACUAUCGUGGCUCCUUUAAAAUUUUAGAUCCACAAAUCAAUAACAAUUUUGGGCAAAGCAACACGUAUCAACUUAAGGACUUACGAGAGACGACCGAAAAUUUGGUGGAUGAGAUAUUUAUAGAUUCAGCCUGGAAGAAGAACUAUAUCAAGAACCAAGUAGUCAGACUGACUCCAGAGGAAGAUGGUGUGAAAGCAGAUGUCAUUAUGGUGUUCCAGUUCCCCUCUACCGAGCAAAGGGCAGUAAGAGAGAAGAAAAUUCAAAGCUUCUUAAAUCAGAAGAUGAGGAAUUUAAGAGCCUUGCCAAUAAAUGCCUCAUCAGUUCAAGUUAAUGCAAUGAGCUCAUCAACAGGGGAGUUAACUGUCCAAGCAAGUUGUGGUAAACGAGUUGUUCCAUUACACGUCAACAGAAUAGCAUCUGGAGUCAUUGCACCCAAGGCAGCCUGGCCUUGGCAAGCUUCCCUUCAGUAUGAUAACAUCCAUCAGUGUGGGGCCACCUUAAUUAGUAAUACAUGGCUUGUCACUGCAGCACAUUGCUUCCAGAAGUAUAAAAAUCCACAUCAAUGGACUGUUAGUUUUGGAACAAAAAUCAACCCUCCCUUAAUGAAAAGAAAUGUCAAAAGAUUUAUUAUCCAUGAGAACUAUCACUCCACAGCAAGAGAGUAUGACAUUGCUGUCGUGCAGGUCUCUUACAGAGUCACUUUUUCAGACGACAUACGCCGGAUAUGUUUGCCAGAAGCCUCUGCAUCCUUCCAACCAAAUUCAACUGUCUACAUCACAGGAUUUGGAGCACUUUACUAUAGUGGGGAAUCCCAAAAUGAACUUCGAGAAGCCAGAGUAAAAAUCAUAAGUGAUGAUGUCUGCAAGCAACCACAGGUAUAUGGCAAUGAUAUAAAAUUUGGAAUGUUCUGUGCCGGAUGUAUGGAAGGAAUUUAUGAUGCCUGCAGGGGUGAUUCUGGGGGACCUUUAGUCACAAGGGAUCUGAAAGACACCUGGUAUCUCAUUGGAAUUGUGAGCUGGGGAGAUAACUGUGGUCAAAAGGACAAGCCUGGAGUCUACACACAAGUGACUUAUUACCGAAACUGGAUUGCUUCAAAAACAGGCCUUUAAUUCGCCAUAGAAGUUAAACAAAGAGAGCUGUAUGCAGGUCAUAUAUGCAUGAGAAUUCAACUAUUUAGUGGGUGUAGUACAGAAAGUGGUAUUAAAUUACUGGAUGUAGCAACAUGAAACACACAACGUAAGUUAUUUAGAAUCACUUUAAUCAACCAAUAAUCCUUAGCC